AGCCUGAAGUAAAGAAAGCAGAAUGUCUUCAAUGAAUUCUGAAUACACAAUUGGUGGAGUGAAGAUUAUCUUUCCUUGUAAAGCUUACCCAUCUCAGCUCGCUUUGAUGAAUUCUAUUGUCAGAGGACUAAACAGUAGGCAGCACUGUUUGUUGGAGAGCCCCACAGGCAGUGGGAAAAGCUUAGCCUUGCUUUGUUCUGCACUAGCAUGGCAACAGUCUCUUACUGGGAAGGCAGUGGAAGGAGGCGUGAGUAAAAAAGCUGAAGCACCAUCAUCAUGCUGCUGUUCCUGCCACGUCAAGAGUUCUCCACGCAGAGACAUGAGCCCAGGAACUUCACCUCAUUUCAACAGUUCGGGCACAUUGGCUUCUGAAAGAAAUGACACUUCAUCAGCCUGUCAAGACUCUCCUGGAAAAAACACCCUGUCUGCAAAGUUAUCUGCCAAGAAACAGGCAUCUGGAUACAGAGGUGAAAACGAUGACUUUCAAGUAGAGAGGAAAAGAAUUCGACCCUUAGAAACUGCACAGCAGAUGAGGAAACGUCAGUGUUUUGAAAAGGAAGUACCACAGUUGGAUGCAGAAGUUGCUUCAGGAAACACUGUAAAACUGAACUCUCCAUUACAAAAGAUAAACUCCUUUUCUCCACAGAAUCAUCCUGGUCCCUGUUCUAGGUGCUGCUGUUCUACCAAACAAGGGAACAAUCAAGAUUCUUCAGAUACCAUGAAGAAGGACCAUGGGGAGAAAUCCAAGAGACCCAAAAUAUAUUUUGGGACCCGCACACACAAACAGAUUGCUCAGAUUACAAGAGAGCUCCGGAGGACAGCUUACUCAGGGGUCCCAAUGACCAUUCUUUCCAGCAGAGAUCACACUUGUAUUCAUCCUGAAGUAGUUGGUAACUUCAAUAGAAAUGAAAAGUGCAUGGAAUUUCUGGAUGGGAAAAAUGGGAAAUCCUGCUAUUUGUAUCAUGGUGUUCAUAAAGUUAGUGAUCAAAGCACUUUGCAGAAUCUUCAUGGGAUGUACAAAGCUUGGGAUAUAGAAGAACUAGUCAAACUGGGGAAAAAAAUAAAGGCAUGUCCGUAUUACACAGCUCGAGAGCUAAAAGAUGAUGCUGACAUAAUAUUUUGUCCCUACAACUAUCUUCUGGAUGCACAAAUAAGGGAAACUAUGGAUAUAAAUCUGAAAGAGCAAGUUGUCAUUUUAGAUGAAGCUCAUAACAUUGAAGACUGUGCUAGGGAGUCAGCAAGUUACAGUGUCACAGAAGUUCAGCUUCGGUUUGCUCGAGAUGAACUAGAUGGCUUGGUCAACAAUAAUAUAAGGAAGAAAAACCAUGAACCCCUACGAGCUGUAUGUUACAGCCUCAUUAAUUGGUUAGAAGAAAACUCUAAACAUCUUGUAGAAAGAGACUAUGAAUCAUCUUGUAAAAUAUGGAGUGGAAAUGAAAUGCUCUUAAAUUUACACAAGAUGGGUAUCACUUCUACUAUUUUUCCUAUUUUGCAGGGACAUUUUUCUGCUAUUCUUCAAAAGGAAGAAAAAAUAGCAUUUCAAGGUAAAGAGGAGACAAAAGAAGUACCCAUUAUUAGUGCUUCAACUCAAAUAAUGCUCAAAGGACUUUUUAUGGUGCUUGACUAUCUUUUCAGGGAAAAUAGCAGAUUUGCAGAUGAUUAUAAAAUUGCUAUUCAACAGACUUAUUCCUGGGUAAAUCAGAUUGAUAUUCCAGAUAAAAAUGGAUUAUUGGUUGUACCAAAAAACAAGAAGCGUUCAAGACAGAAAAUUGCAGUUAAUGUGCUAAACUUUUGGUGCUUAAAUCCUGCUGUGGCCUUUUCAGAUAUUAAUGGCAAAGUUCGGACGAUUGUUUUGACAUCUGGAACAUUAUCACCAAUGAAAUCUUUUUCAUCUGAGCUUGGUAUUACAUUUACUAUCCAACUAGAGGCUAAUCAUGUCAUUAAUAACUCACAGGUUUGGGUUGGUACCAUUGGUUCAGGCCCUAAGGGUCGGAAUCUCUGUGCUACCUUCCAGCAUACUGAAACAUUUGAGUUCCAGGAUGAAGUGGGAGCGCUUUUGUUAUCCGUGUGCCAGACUGUGAGCCAAGGAAUUUUGUGCUUUUUGCCAUCUUACAAGUUACUAGAAAAAUUAAAAGAACGCUGGCUUUCAACUGGUUUAUGGCAAAAUCUGGAACUGAUGAAAACAGUCAUUGUGGAACCUCAAGGAGGAGAAAAAACUGAUUUUGAUGAAUUACUUCAGGUGUACUAUGAUGCGAUCAAGUACAAAGGAGAGAAAGAUGGAGCCCUUCUCAUAGCAGUUUGUCGUGGUAAAGUGAGUGAGGGUCUGGAUUUCUCAGAUGACAAUGCCCGUGCGGUGGUAACCAUAGGAAUUCCUUUUCCAAAUGUGAAAGAUCUACAGGUUGAACUCAAGCGACAGUACAAUGACCACUACUCGCAAUUGAGAGGUCUGUUGCCUGGUCGUCAGUGGUAUGAAAUACAAGCAUAUAGGGCCUUAAACCAGGCCCUAGGUAGGUGUAUUCGACACAAAAAUGAUUGGGGAGCGCUUCUUCUAGUGGAUGAUCGCUUCAAUAAUAAUCCAAGUCGCUACACAUCCGGACUUUCUAAAUGGGUAAGACAAGAGAUUCAGCACCAUUCAACCUUUGAGAGUGCGCUCGAGUCCUUAGCUGAAUUUGCUGAAAAGCACCAAAAAGUCACUAAGGCACCCAAAAAGAACAGCAAGAACAUACACAACAAGAAGGCUGCUCUUCAAAGGGCCUGUUUGGAAGACAAUGCCCAUAUGUAUUCAGUGGAAACAGCAAACCAUCCAUCACAAGAAACUCCUAGGGAAGAUGAAGCAAAAGUAUGUAUUCAGGAACUCCAGGGUCCAGAAGUGAUCCCUGAAAAUCUAUCUUCACUAAGCAACAUCACCAGAAAGGAGAAAAGUGAUCCAGUACUAUUGGAAGAGUCUAUCCAAACAAUGCAAGCAGAAGAAAUGGUGAUUUCCCGAUCCUCAAGCCCAACUUUCAAUAAACAAACCAAUAAAGAUAGCUGGUCUACCUUUUAUUCUUUGAGAAAAUGUUUUACUGAUAAAAUAAAGACUGCAACACCCGACCUCAGGUCCUCAGAGAAUUGGUCUAAUUCUACCAACAAAACAGAAAAAAUGGAAGGUAAAACUGUUUUGCCACUCACUGAUGAAUGUGAAUCCUCAGAAUUAACAGGAAACACAUCAUUGGGGCUAUGUCCUCAAUCAGAAACCACUAUUUCAUCAAUAAAGAGAGACGUCACUGAAAGAAAUAAUUCAAAACAACUGCUAUGUGAUGAGAAGGCCCUGGAUUCAGAUACUGCUUUGACUCUAGUAAGCAAGCAAGAUAAACAUCCCAGUUCAGCUGAAGCUUUGGAACACGAGGCCGAAGAUGAGUCGAUAUACUUCACACCUGAACUUUAUGAUCCUGUAGAUGGAGAGGAAGAAGAAAAUGAGCUCACAGAAACUGAUAGGCUCAGUAAUAAUUCAGAUUGCAUUUUAGUUGAAGACCUUUUUGAAACUGUAACUGUAAAAGGAGUGUAUUCGAUCAGGGAAAGGAAAGCUGAGGGAACAGACACAAAGGUGAAUUCAAGCAUGCAUAUUGAAGAAAUUGAUGACAUUUGUGACAAUGUAAAAAUUUGUGUAAAUGACUUGGAGCAGUGAGAAAACACGUAGAAUAGGGAGUAGUGAUAACUUUAAGCAAUGUGUUUGCUGAUCUUGGGUAAUAAUACUGCCAAGCCGUAAAAAUAUAUUGCUAUACUUUUGUUAUCUCAACUGUAAAUAAUCACUUAUCCAUUGAAUGACUAAAAUUUUGUGUAGUCCUUCUUUGCUUUAGUUAGUUUUAAGUGUAUUUUAUGUUCAGGGAAGAAGACUUCUGUUUAUUUACAAUGCUGAGGAUCAAACCGUGGGCUAGACAGGUGUGCUACCACUGAGCUACAUCCUGGCCCUGGGUCUGUUUUAUGUGCGGAAAAUGAUUUAUACAAAGUAUUUUCUCUAAUAAGUCUUAGCUAGAAAUGGUUUAAGAUUAACCAGUUCAGAAGAUAUUUAGUUCCCUGGGGCACUUCUAAUUUCAUAUAACUUCAUAUUUUGUAGUUCACCGAAUCCAUUUGUUUUUAUACUAAUAUGUAAUGAUUAAUGACAGUUGAAUCUAAUCAGACUUCACUAUACUUUUAUUAUAGGUUUUAUCUCAUAUUGGUUUGAGGUUUGUUUUUUUAAGAGAUCAAGUUUGUCUAAAAAGUUUACCAUCUUAAUAAACUGCCUUAUAAGUAAGAAAAUUUAAGGAAAGAAAUAAUAUGCAUAUAAUUGAGCUCUUUUAUUUGAUAAAACUAAAUCAAAUGUAUCAUAAAACUAUGUAAAGUUAUAAAAUGCCAGAUGAAAUAUUCCAAAUGUUCCAUUCUAAUUAAUCAGCUUCACUAUCCUGUGGGAAAGAGUGACCAGCAAUCCCCAGCACUACUGACAAAAAGUGAUGUGUGCCUGCAUCAAGUUUUAAUUAGGCAACUAUUAAGACAGAAAAAAUUCACAUGUAAACUUAAUAAGCAAACCUACAAACACAGCUCAGUUAUGCUCCCUUAGAGCAUAGGAAACCUGUGAAUUGUGAGUGUUUGUUUUGGUGAAUGAACCUGUACAUCUGAUCAAAAAAUUAUUAAAGAUGUUGGUUUCUGAUAUUAAAAAGUAUGUCCACUGAUUUUUAUCUAAGAAACUCCUAUUAUACAGUGGCUCUAUUUAGACAUCCUGUGAAUAAUUUGAAGUGAGUGGUUGUAUGUCUAUACCAUGUGGAUGUGCUAAGGAUCAAACCCAGGGCUUCACAUGCUAAGCCAGCUUUCCACUGGCGAACUGCCUCUCCACUUGGAACUGAAAUUUUAUGGGGUGCUCAUGUAGUAUGAAUGGUCUAUUAUUAUCAGGUUAAAAAUACCAGGAGUCAGAUAUUUUUGCAUUCAUUUGAAUAAGUGAAUUAAAUAUAUAUGUAUGUAUUUAUAUAUAUAUAC